GAACUAUUCUUGGGAUCCGGAUACAAUAUUUGGCAAAAAAAAAAUUUUAGGACGGUAAAAAUAUAUUAAAAGAUGGCUAUCGUUUCAACAAGUCAAAAUAUUCCUGAUACUCGUGCUGAACUUGCAGAAUUACUAAAAAAGAAGGAAGAGCUUGCACUCAGUCUUGCUAACUUGGAGCGGCAAAUAUAUGCGUUUGAAGGAAGUUAUUUAGAAGAUACUCAGCUUUAUGGCAAUAUUAUACGUGGUUGGGAUAGACUAUUAACUCAAAAAACCAGCGGACCAAAUCAAAAAGUUGAAAAAAGAAAUCGAAAGUUUAAGGAAUCAGAAAGAUUAUUUUCAAAAUCUUCAAUAACUUCUGCUUCUGCAGUAAGUAGUAUGGCGCUAUUUCAGCAUGAAGAUAAAAAAGAAAAUGAUCAAGUUGAUAACACUCUACAUUCAACUAACUCUGAACACUCAGGCAAAGUUACAAAAGCAAGUAAUCACAUAAAAAGAAAGAAGGGACAUAAACACAGAAUUGAAUUAAAACUCAAGAAAGGUUUUAUUAAAAGCAAAGAAAUAGAUGUCGAUGAUGAAGACAGCAGCUCAAAUUGAUAAACUUAUGUCUGAGAUAUAAUUUAACUUGAAUAAUGAUAUAUAACUGAGCGCAAAGUAAUGAAGAAAUGGUUUAUAAAUUUUUGUACAGAAAGUUACAUAAAAAAAGAUUUUGUAUAUUUCAUAAAAUUAAAUAAU